CAGCCUUUUCCUUUUUUGUUCUUUUCCGGAGCCGAAUGGUCACAACAAACCUACUGAUGUCGUUGUUGCUGACGAUAAGGAUGCCAUGUGAUAUGCAGAUGUGAAACCACAUAAUGUAUUUGGAGGAAAACCAGGGGCGUGCACCGACCGAAGGCAGGCGGAAAAGUAGCUGCUCCUAUUUCUUUUCUCCUGUCUGCCUCGACUACGAAAAAGUUUUUGCGAAAGAGGCCAAAGUGGAGCGCUGCCGGUUGUCGGACAUGCUUCUUACCUACGGUAAAGUUACUUUACAGAAACGCGCGAUGUCGUGGACAAGUGUCCUGUAAUGAUCUUUUCGAGACGGGGGGACCGGUUUGGUGUUCGUUUUCUAUCACCGAGUUGUCGGCCCUACUGUAAAUAUUCCAGGCCCCAUAAGUUCCGCAGUGAAACCCGAGGCUGAUGUAGAGAGCAGCAGCGAAUGCUCUCCCUGUUAAAUGUCGGAAGAUAUCGUUAGGCAACUAAAUAACUGACAGAUGCUUCUCAGGACAAACAUGAGAGGCUUUCCUGACCUCUAAAGCUGUUUCCUCACUGUGAGCGUUCCCUUACUAACAGAAUGUCCUCCAUAGAUCCCCAUCAAUUUAUUAUAGUAGAACAUCAGUAUUCUCAUAAAUUCAGAGUGACUGUAGUGAAAGCAGAGAAUGUCACUAAAGGAGCACUUGGGGACUUGCUUGACACGCCGGACCCAUAUGUGGAGCUGUCAGUCCCAACAGCUCCAGAGUCUAGAAAAAGAACACGUCACAUAGACAAUGACAUCAAUCCUAAAUGGAACGAGACAUUUGAAUUCCUUCUGGACCCCCAACAAGAGAAUGUGCUGGAGAUGACAUUAAUGGAUGCUAACUAUGUCAUGGAUGAGACUCUUGGCACAGUUACUUAUUGUAUCGACAAACUCAAAGUGGGGCAGGCAGAGAUGGUUACGUUCUCUAUUGGCAAGACCACCAAGGUGUACCUAGAGAUGUGUCUCGAAGUGUGUACGUCCACAGACCUACGAUUCAGCAUGACCCUGUGCGAGCAGGAGAAGUUCUAUAGGCAGAAGCGCCGGGACAGGGUCAUGCUCGGCAUAAAGAAGCUCUUCAAUAUGGAGAACCCACGCUUCCUGCCCGCAGCUCCCAAAGAGGUUCCGACGAUUGCCAUAGUGGGAUCUGGCGGUGGAUUCCGAGCCAUGGUUGGCUUCUCUGGGGUGAUGAAGGCCCUGUACGAGUCAGGGGUGCUGGAAUGUGCUACCUACGUGGCUGGACUAUCUGGAUCCACAUGGUACAUGUCCACACUAUACUCACACCCUGAGUUCCCAGCCAAAGGUCCCAAAGAGAUCAACCAGGAGCUGAUGAAGAGUGUAAGCAGCAGUCCCUUCAAGCUGCUGCUCCCUCUGCACAUCAAGCGCUACAUCAAAGCCCUGUGGAAGAAGAAGGCAGGCGGCCAGCCGGUCACCUUCACCGACAUCUUUGGCAUGCUGAUCGGAGAGACGCUCAUACCUGGGCGGAUGGACACAAAACUGAGCUCCAUGCAGGAGAAGAUCAAUGACGGCCAGAUCCCCCUGCCACUGUAUACCUGCCUCCAUGUCAAACCCAACGUGUCUGAGCUCAUGUUUGCUGACUGGGUGGAGUUCAGUCCGUAUGAGAUUGGCAUGGCCAAGUAUGGCACCUUCAUGGCUCCUGAACUCUUUGGCUGCAAGUUCUUUAUGGGCAGUGUGGUGAAGAAGUAUGAGGAGAACCCCCUGCACUUCCUCAUGGGUGUGUGGGGGAGUGCUUUCUCCAUCCUGUUCAACCGAGUGCUGGGGGUGAAGGAGUCCGCUGGCACAAGCACCAUGGAGGAGGAGCUUGAGCAGAUUAAACCAGAGCACAUUGUUGGAAAUGACACCACCGAUAACGAGGAGGAACCACACAGGGUGGGCACAGAAAGCGUAGAGGUGGAAGACGAGAGACAGCGGCAUGCCCAGGUAAGCUGGAUGCAGCGCAUGUUCACCUCCAUGGUGGGAGACACGGCACUCUUCAACACCCGUGAGGGCCGUGCCGGCAAGGUGCACAACUUCAUGCUGGGCCUGAACCUGAACUACACGGCGCCCAUCACACCUGGCAGCUGCUUCAUGCACCAGGUCUCUGUCGAUGAGGAGGUGGACGCCGUGACAGAUCCUGAUGAAUUUGAACGUAUCUACGAGCCCCUGGAUGUACGGAGUAAGAAGAUUCACGUGGUGGAUAGCGGCCUGACAUUUAACCUGCCGUACCCCCUUAUCCUGCGACCACAGCGGGGCGUUGACCUUAUCAUUUCCUUUGAUUUCUCAGCAAGGCCCAGCGACUCUAGUCCACCCUUUAAGGAACUGCUGCUGGCGGAGAAAUGGGCACGCAUGAACAAACUUCCUUUCCCCAAAAUAGACGUGAGGGUGUUUGACCGAGAAGGCCUGAAGGAGUGCUACGUUUUCAAGCCCAGGAAGGGGGACAAACACUGUCCCACUGUCAUUCAUUUUGUUCUGGCCAACAUCCACUUCCGGGACUUCAAGGCCCCUGGAGUACCCAGGCAGACAGACAAGGAGAAGGAAUUUGCUGACUUUGACAUAUUUGAUGAUCCUGAGACUCCCUACUCCACAUUCAACUUCCAGUACUCCAACCAGGCCUUUAAGCAGCUUCAUGACCUCAUGGAAUUCAACACUCUCAACAAUAUAGAGGUCAUAAAAGAUGCCAUCAAAGAAUGCAUUCUACAGAGGCGGGAGAACCCAUCCCAAUGUCCGGCCUCCUUCUCGCUCAAUGACAUCGAAAACAAGAAGCUCCAAAAACGCAAUCCAGGUGUCGCAAAAAAGGACACACUGAACAGAUAGUAGGGAAUACCAGACUGAAGAAGAGCUAAGGUCAGCCAGCAGUUGGACUUGGGUGUUGCGUCAUUGGUUCAACGGUCAAUACAUUAAAAUGUACAUAACAUGCACAAUCAGAUGCAUUCCAUUAAAACCCAGUAUGAUGGGGAAGUUUACUUUCCUGCUGUCUUUUGAACUGUCUCUGUGUGCUUUGGACAGACACUCUUGGGUUUGAAGAGAUUUGCAUCUCAGAUUUCAUCCUACUGAUAUGUUCUUUGUAGUCUUCCACAAUCUACAAAGCCAUCCUCUAGUUUGAAGUGGCAUGCAUUGCAUUGAAAAGCUGUCUCAAGGCAUGAGAGAGCUGUGCAUUCUAAAGACAGUCAGAGGUGGGGUUUGGGCCUCAGAAGGCCCAAACCACAGCACGACAGUCACUGCCUGACACCCAGAGAACAUUUCUGUUUAUAACUAAAAAAAACACAUCAAAAAUUCAUAUUUGCCAACGUACAACUGUUAAUGGAAGGUCACCAAGACAAACUGCGGGUUCAGUAUAGCUCCAUUGUGUGUGUGAACUGGAUGCUGAAGAACAUUAGUUAUAAAGUUAAUGGAUACAGUUACCCAACGUCCACACCCCACCCCCAGGGAUGGCAGUAAUAAGAAGUGGAACUGAACACUGUGAGCACGGCCCCAAGUCUCUGCCCACUUUGGGAUGGGUCGAAAGUGACUGCGUGAUGUGGCAUGCUGUGUGCACACCUCUUACAAAUUCUUGUGCUUGUGGCAUAGCGGAAUGAUGCAUUUCAUGCUCGGUUUUAUGUUCCUACACAAACAUUUCCAUUAUUACACUAUUGCCAUAUGCUGACCGUCACAUAGGAUAAACUGAACACAUUGCCAGGUGUUUGAGUCUGUGCUUGAAGAAUAUCAGUAGUGAUUUCGUUGUUUCUUAAAACUGUAUUUCGCUCAUUCCCUUAGGAAUGUUAAUUAAAAUUAAAAACUGUAUGUAGUUAAUGUAGAAUACUUCUGAAUGGUAGUUAUACUUGUUAGUGUUAUUUAUAUGUAGUAACCACAUAAUUAAUUAUAUUUAUGAAUCAUGUAUAAUAUUA